AACUUUCAACUCAGAGCUGGGCCAAUGAAAAUCUAAAUCCUUUUUUUCUUUUUCCCUAAAUGUUUGAUUUGUUUAUGCUGUAUAGACGAGUAGUAAUCAAUGCACAUACAGAUUUAUGAAUAAGAAUCAUCAAAAGGGGUGGGGGCAGACAGCUCACCACCAGUUUUGGGGCAAAAUCAUUUGCUUUCCUUUUCCCCUUGAAAAAUGAACAAAAAAAUAUUUGCAUGUUUUUCUUUUUUGUGGGGGGUUUCUAAUGAGCCCUUAAGUUUAAAUUCCCAAAAGAAAAUUUUUAGGAAAAGGAAAAGGAAAACUCAAGUGGGGAGUUUUGUCUCUCUUUAGUCUCAAAGGGUUUUGGUAUAUGUACAUUUAUCUGUUUUUCCUUGUAAUUUGUAACUCGCUUGAAACCCCAAAAAAGAAAAUAUGCCAAGAAAUGUGAAACACAACACAAUGUAGGCCUAUCCCACUUCCUCUGGUUGUCUUCACCAGCAUCCAUUUUUGUAUAACUUUCUUCAUUUUCUUAGUUUGCUGAAAGUUUGAAAGCAACAAAUAGCUGUCUCUUUUAAUAUCAACCUUUCUCCAACUUCCAAAUUUUAAACAAACCCUAACCAAUAUGAGAAUAAGGAGAGAAAUAAGAAAAAGAAAAAAAGGAAAAGGAAGAUAAGGUAAAUUCAGAAUAAAGUUGGCGGCUCUUUUUGGGCUAUUCAUGGAGUUGCAGUUUCCCACUUCCCUUCAACAAAAGCUCUCUCCAACUUUUUUGCAUCACAGCCACCUUCAAUCCUAGCUAAAAUUGACAUCUUGUAGACAGGUGCAACAAGUGAUUCUUCUUGAGUAACCUACACCCUAGCUUUUUAUGGGGGCUUUCCUCCUCCUCCUUUGGCUUUUCCCCUUGACCACAAACUUUAAUUGUUUGGUGGAAUCCUUGUCAGUGAAUGGAUGGUUGUAAAAUAGCAACCCCAUUUGUGUUCUGCUGCCCUAGUCUGCAAGUACUCUCAUCCUUCAUUUUCUUAACUCUCAACUUAUUAUUUUUUUUUAGUCUUGUGACUUCUUCUUCUAAUUCCUCUCCAAUCUACUUGGAGUUAUAUCUGCAACUGUAGUUUUACUACUGAUAUGUUUCAAGUUUGCUAAAAGGAAAGAGCCACAAUCAUCAAUGACUUGAUGUUUAUUUAUUUUAGUCUUUUGACGUCUUCAAAAUCCUCCAAUCUACUUGAAGUAAUAUCUGGAACUGCAACUCCACUGAUGAUAUAUUUUCAGUUUGAUAAGAUCAAAGAGCCAUAAUCACCACUGACGUGAUGUUUUUGCUUUUGGUUUAAGGAAGAUGCAAAUAACUGCCUUAAAGAUUCUGUUGCUUCAAUUCUUGUAUUGUUGCUGUCUGUAUGAUUAGUGGGCUCUGUUCUUGUUAUAUGCAUUUCUUGUCAGCCAUAAGAUUUCUGUGUUCUUUAGUUGAAUAUAAUCCAUUCAUGAAGUCAUCAGAAAAGUGAUUCAAACUCUGAAAAGGGUGUUCAUUUUUAAGUGGAAAAGAAGUGAAGAACUGAAAUAUUCUCUAUGGACUGGAACUUGAAGACCCCAUCUUGGGAUUUCACUCAAUUGGAACAAGAUGCAUUGAAGAACAUUAAUACAAUAGGUGCAUCCAGCAGCUUUGUUGAACAUAGAACGACUUCUGGGGAUUUCUCGGUUGAUUUGAAACUCGGCCAAGUCAAUAAUCUGGGAACAAAAUAUGUAGUCAAUAAGCCAGGAGUCUUUAAAAUGGCACCGUCCCCUUCAGAACCAUCAAAGAGGGCAAGAGGAUCUGGAAAUGGGGCUCAGCCUUCGUCAUGCCUUGUUGAUGGAUGUGUUUCAGACCUUAGCAAUUAUAGAGAUUACCACAGGCGCCACAAGGUCUGCGAGCUCCAUUCAAAGACUCCCCAGGUUACAAUUGGUGGCCUAAAACAAAGAUUCUGUCAGCAGUGUAGCAGGUUCCACUCACUAGACGAAUUUGAUGAAGGAAAGAGAAGCUGUAGGAAACGUCUCGAUGGACACAAUCGAAGGCGAAGGAAGCCACAGUCAGACUCCCUAUCACGAAGUAUUUUGUCUCCUUACCAAGGUUCUCAACUUUUACCACUUUCUACCUCACAUGUCUAUCCAUCUACAAUUGUUAUGAGCCAUUCCUGGUGUGAUAUUGCCAAUAAUACUCAGAUCGAUGCAAGGCUUCACGUUCAGCAAGAGCCAACCCACUUCCCUGAUAAACACAACAUCUAUCUUGGAUCAUCGUCAAAUGAUAGCAUCCAUAAAAUCGGAAAGCAGGUCACAUUUAUGCAAAGUGACAAUCCAGAAUCUUCAUUCAGCCAGCCCCUUGUCACAACCAUUGAUUUUUCAGAAAAUGGAGGUGGUCGAAGGAAAAUGUUAUAUGACAAGUUUGCAACUCCAGGCCAUGAAUCGAAUUGUGCUCUCUCUCUUCUGUCAUCUUUGCAGACACAGUCAUCUGGGAUUGGUUUUAGUGAAGCCGAGCAGGACCGUCAUCUUAUAUCCUUCCUGCAGCCAUUAGAUGUGAGCUUAGGUCAUCACAACAGAUUGGAGCCAGUUAAUUCAGUACUGAAUGGCAGUGUGAGUAAUGCUGAUAUUAAUUGCUCAGGAAUGUUUCACAUUUCAUCUAAUGAUGGAGGGAAUGAUGCUCCUCCACCAUCCCUUCCUUUUCACUGGCAGUAAAGUAACUUCAGUAAACAAAAACUGAUCUUUUUGUGUAAAAAUGAAUGAGCAAACAGUGCUUCUAUAAGCAAACAGUGCUUCUAUAAACCCAUGUUCAUGAUAUCCA